AUGGUAGCAUCAUCAAAACUUCUUUCACGGUUCCGCGCCGUCGCGCGGUCGUGGCACUCCCUGAUCGACAGCGAGCCCUUCGCCAAAUCCCACCUCCGCCGCUCCCUAUCCACCGCCUCCAACCGCCUCCUCCUAUCGGCCUCGAGCUCCUCGCCGUCGAUCUGGGCCAUCCCGACGGCGCCGUCCCCCUACGCCCGCCGUUCUGUUACAAAACCUCCGAUGGGUUCUCCAAUUCUUGCAACGGCGUGUCCUCGCCAUGUGCGACCCGCCCGUUCUGUACAACCCUUUCUCGAGGGACCACAGGGUGCUCCCCAGUUGCCCCAUCGAGCACCGGGCCCCUCUGGAAUGCUACCCGCACACCGUAUACGGCACGAAGGGAGCUACGCGUGGGUAUCAUCGGAGGCUAGGGUUUACAGUCUCCGGUCAAAUUGCUGGCGGAGGAUUGAAGAUUUCCCUUACCCACUCUCAUUUCUUGAUUGGUUCUGGCGCGUGCACGUCAGCGGAUCCCUUCAUACACUCGUCUUGGAUCCCCACGAAAAUGAAGGUGGUAAAAUCAUGUCUUUUAGUGUCCAAACCGAGAAGCAUUCUCCGAUGAAGCUGCCGCCAGGUGUCCGAAUGUGGGGUGCCCACGUCGAUCUCUACGUUUUGGAUAGCUUUCUUUCGGUGGUUCAUUGUAAAAAGUAUAACAAGAUUGAUAUUUGGGUGAUGAAGGAAUAUGGGUUGAUGACUGACUCUUGGACUAAAGUGGUGGUCGUUAGCCCUCCGGCGAUCGACCGGCGAGAUUUCCUUAGCCCAUUGGUUUAUUCGGCGGAUGGCGAUAAAAUCUUGUUGAGCUGCAAUGAUUUUAAGCUCGUUUGGUUUGAUUCGAAGGAAAAUAGUGUUUGUGAUGUCGAUGUUCAGGGUUUGCCUUACAGGUUUUACGCCGAGGUUUGUGUCGAGAGCCUUAUUAGGCUCAACGAGCAGGGGAAAGAGACAAAGAGGAUAAGGGGAAAAAGGGAGAAGAUAGGAAAGAAAAGGGAUGAUUUCUUGUCUGAAGGAUUCAAUUUGGUGCUCUAA